ACAGCAGCAGCAGCAGAAGCAGCAAACGUUGACGAACGGGUGUGCGCGCGUGUGUAUUGUACAGCAGCAGCAGUGCUCGGCGGGCGGCGGCCAUCGAACGCGGUGUUUCCGAUACCGGCCGGCCGGAAGUAAACGUUCUUGUCGUAUUCGGAUCUGUUUCCGGAAAGCACAAACACGAUCGCAUAUAAUUUAAUUAUAUUAUAUUACUGUAGCUGAGGGAUCGAAAAACUUCUGUUUUCUCCGUUCCUGAUUUCAUUCUUACUUCAUUUCGGCGUUGUCCAUUACGUAUAAUUCAAUACCGUAUAAGCAUAUUUUUGAAAUCUUUUCCUCGCCAUCGAUUAUAGUGGUCAGUGUCGUGUGGAUCUGCGUGUUCGCCGCGGGACAAACGGAAAUCGAAAUAAUAAUAAUAAAAAACAAAUGAGAUAUUGAGAUUGAAUUAAAACACGUUUAUAUCAAUUUCUUCGCGCAUACAGUACUCAAACCAACGUAAUUGUAGGCGAAGGACGCCUGGAGAGUUUACAAUCCGAAAGCUGAUUCGUUUCUUCGUUUACAACUAUACUUAAUUCAUUCAUUCACACGUUGUGGACGGUGUGGAUUAAAAUCUUCAUCAAACAAUGACUCAAUGGUUUGCUCUCUGGAUGAAACAAUGAGUACAUUUAUGGAAACCUGUAAUGAUACAGAAAUGAACUCGACAUUUAAUUUCAGUUUGGAAGAAGUAUAUUCUAUUUUGUUGGAGCAUAGACGUGAUUCCCGAAAUUUAGAUAAAAGUACUGAGACUCUGCUGAUAAUAGUAUACUUGGGCCUGAUGAUCGUCGGGCUGUCGGCCAACCUUACCGUGAUCUACGUGGUUGCCAGACGUGCUCAGAUGCACACUUCCCGGAACCUAUAUAUCGUAAACUUGGCCGUUUCCGACAUGACUCUGUGCUUGGUGUGCAUGCCGUUUACGCUGACGUCGAUAUUGCGACACCAGUGGACCAUGGGCACAGUGUUAUGCAAGCUCGUGCCGCUGUUACAGGGCACCAACAUCAUGGUGUCGGUGGGCACGAUCACGGUGAUCGCUAUAGAUCGAUACUGGGUGAUCGUCCGCGGAUCCGCACAAAACGAACGGCGCACGGUGUACGUGUCCAUAGCUACCGUGUGGUUGUUGGCCGUCUUGACCACGUCGCCUGUUGCUUAUUAUCAGGUGGUCGAACCGCUAAAAUUCCAACAUGUAGUUUUAUAUGAAUCUUGUAGAGAAAAAUGGCCUUCGACCGAUAUCAAAGUGGCGUAUAAUAUAGCAGUAGUGCUCAUUCAAGCAGUACUCCCCGCCACUGUUCUUUUGGUGGUUCAUAUUCGUAUUGCAGCAUAUUUACACGCACACACUGCUUCUCAAAAAGACUCAAGGCGUGCACAGCGAGAACUUCAAAGAAACAAACGGACCACUCUACUCCUUAUAGGAGUGGCAGUCGUCUUUACUGUGAGUUGGCUUCCGCUGGCCGUGUUCUCGUUGGCCGCCGACCUGAUGACCAAACCGAUAACAACCAAACAGCUGUACGUAACUCUGGCGGUUUGCCAUCUGACCGCCAUGACAUCAGCCAUCUCAAACCCGAUUAUUUACGGCUGGAUGAACUCCAAUAUCCGCAACGAGCUGUUUCAACUAUUCUACGCAAAAAUUUUGAGACGGCGACCGGGAAACCGGUCCAUGGCGACGGCCACGACAACUAUUAGGAACAGAACCCGGCCUUUGAUCACGUACAACACUUCAAAUUACAUGCCUGGAAGUCAAGAGACGUUUUCAAGAGGAGUCACUGUGCUUUAGGCAUGGGCUGUGGAUGACCACGGCUGUUCCGCCGAAGGGGCAACAUUUCCAGAAUUUGUUUUCAUUUAUUUUUUUUGAAUGUUAUCCCAUCCUCUAUCGCGUUAUUGAGGCUCGAUAUUAAUUUCCAACGAUAUUAAUUUCCAACACGAAAAGUUACAUUAUUUUACCAUUACGAUCUUAUAUAUAAACCAGGAGGUUCUUAACCGGUGAUCUAUUGUCGUAGAUGUCUCCUUGAGCUUUUAUGGAGAGGCUCUAAAUUUUUGUUUAAGAUAUUGACAUUUUUUUAAUGAUGCAAACUAUUUGAAGACUUAGGUUCACCUGCGGUUACGGUAUUCAUUGUUAUAAUUAAAAUAAAAUUAUAGCAUUUUAUAAUACUUUUUUAAAUUAUCAUUAAAUAAUAAUCAAAAAAAAAAAAAAUUGUUUUUAUUGUUUUUAUUUGUGGAUUCAUCACUAUACUUUAUAUUAUAUUAAAGGGGUGAAUGACCCAUAAAAAGUUAAGACCAAUUAUCCAUUGAUAUAAGCUAUAUAAUGAAGAUAUCAUGAUUUAUAAUUAAAUUUACCCACACGCAGUAUAGGUACAUACAAAAUGUAACAGAAAUAACUUACAAAUGUAAUAUUAACCAACUAUGUAAUAACAUUAAAAUAACUACAUAUAAUUUAUUAUACCAACAGUUAUUACACAGUUGUCAACUAGAUAAUAUAGUGUAAAUUCUUUCUGUCACACUUCGUAUAUAAUUAAAUACGUUUGUACUGCCAUGGCCCAUGACUUAAUUGAUUGAUUAGUGUUUCCUUUUUUUUUUUCGUUCAAUUUUCAACAUAAUACUGUCAUUUAACGCUUCUUGUAAAAUCAUAAUUAAUUCAAUUAUAUUAUUAUAUUAUUAAAAAUUAUAAUAACAAUUCUAUAAUUAUAUUAUAUUAUAUUAUAUUUACAUUU